GAAACAAACUCGGAAGAAGCUACAGCUAAUGAAAAGGAAUUGAACAAAAUGGGUAUCACUAUAAUAAAUGCGGAGGAAGAAGAAUAUGAUGAAGAUAAAGAUUAUCAAGAGCUGCUAGAACAGCUAGUGUUGGAAUUGGGUUAUAUACUAACCUUGAUGAGUGUCAAACCACCAAAGUGGGGAGAACCAGAUAGAGGAGUUGAUUAUAGUAACGAUGAUGAAUGGGAUAAUGAGAAUAUUGAAACAUGGUGGCAACCAGAAGAAGAUUGUAUGGGUGACCAAGAGUGGAGAAAUAAUUGGUACAAUGAUGCUGAGGAAUAUUACUCACCUGCUCUUAGAUUUUUCAAUAAUGGAGUUCCUGGCCUUGGACUUCUUACUAGCCCAUUUCCUAACUCUGAAGAAACCUUAGAAGCAUUAGAGUCAGAUGAUGAAUCCACCCAAAGCAGAGGUGUGGUAACACCGAGCAAAACGGGCCAUGAUAAUGACAAAACUGUAAUAACCCAAAAAGAGAAAGAUAGAUACCAUGAAAUAAGUAAAGAAAAAGAAGUAUUUAUGAUAAAAAUAGAAAAUGAAGAUGAACAGAAAGAAGGUAUUGAAAAAGAUCUUUCAUAUGUACUUCCACUCGAUAGAACUCAAACACUUUACUCUGAAAGUGAUAAACUGAGGCAAGACCAUAUACUUGACGGAGCAAUUUGGAUACCAACUUAUUGCAUAUGA